UUAUUCCUUAGUUUGACUUUUUAAAGUUUAUUAUUUCCUGCAGCUAAAGCGCAGCGCUGAAUCAAUCUUACACAUACGAAAAUGUAUGCCCGAUAUGUGCCACCACCAAAAGGAAUCGCUCAAAGUUCAGAGCCACUAGAGGCUGUUGAAGCACCAUCAUCACCAAACCCGCCGGUGAAGUCACAGCCAACAGCUUACGCGAGAUAUAUCCCACCCCCAAAACUAGCCAAUAGUCAACCAAACUAUCUUCAACCCUCUCAACAUGUUCACUUCCAGGAGGAUGAUAACGAAAAUGAACCACCAGCUAAGAAAGCCAAGCUGACGGGUGAGAGCGAUGUUGCUAAGAGGUCGAAAAAGAAGACUAAAAAAGCAAAGCAAUCCGAGGAGCUUCAGAUUGAUACAGAAGACCCAGAGGAGCUAGCUAAUCAGUCGAAAUCUGACGAGAAUGAAAUAUCUACAGAGUUGAAUAUACCAGAAAAGGGAAGAGUUGAGCAAGAGAUUCCAGUGGAGCAACCUGAAUUGCCAGACCAACCAAGAAAAGAAAAGAAGAAUAAAAAGAAAGAAAAAAAGAAAGAAAAAUCCAAGAUUUACGAAGAAGCCGAGGAUGAGCAUGAAACCCCAAUACGACAUAAGGCCGUCCUCGAAAGGGCGGCGAAGUCAAUACGACCUCCCGAGCUGCAAUCUACAGCAGACCAGCAUGAAGAUGUAGUGAUGCGAGAUGCGCCGGACGCUAACGGCGGAAAUCAAAUAGAGGGUGGUGAUAAUACUAUGGACGUAGAUUCAAAAGUGCUUGAAGUUCAUGGGCUUGAACCGUUACCCCAGCCGAAACCAGUCGUCUCUGAUGCUUCGAAACCAGCUUACGAGACAUUGCCCUCCUGGCUGGCGAAGCCAAUCCGUGUAUCUCCGCAGGCUACGGCACCCUUCACAGGGUUUGGACUGUCGCCAGAGCUGGGUAUCACUUCUGAAGUAGCUGAGAGGUUAGCUGCAAAUGGAUAUAAACAAGCAUUUGCCAUACAAACGGCCGCGAUACCGUUACUUCUUCCUCGUCAUGACAAGAAAAUGCAUGGCGACCUUCUGGUUUCUGCCGCAACUGGCUCCGGAAAGACUUUAGCCUAUGCUCUACCUCUAGUACGAGACCUGAGCCAAGGUAAUCGGCAUCUGACAAGGCUCCGUGCUGUGAUUGUUGUCCCAACUCGAGAGCUUGUGAAGCAAGUUCAACAAGUGUGCGAACAGUGUGCCAAUGUCUUUGGUCUGAAUGGUACUAAGAGGAGAGUACGCGUUGGAAUCUCGAUGGGCAGUCAGGCUAUUGAUCAAGAGCAAGCUGCUCUCGUCGAAAGAGAAGAAGAAUAUGAUCCAGAAGCGUUCGCCAAACGCAGUAAGAGAAUCGCUUCCCAGAACGGGUACGGUUCAGGUGACGAGAGUGACAAAGGUUACAAUACCGAAGACGAAGAGAGAGCGACUAUUCAAAAGAAGGAAGACAAAGUCCAAACUCUACCAGACCAUGUGGUCAAGUACAAAUCCAGGGUUGAUAUUCUUAUUUGCACGCCAGGAAGGCUCGUCGAGCAUAUCAAAUAUACACCCGGUUUUUCAUUGGACUUCGUGCGCUGGCUUGUCGUUGAUGAAGCCGAUAAACUACUCGGUCAAAACUUUCAGCAGUGGUUGGAUAUAGUUAUUCCGCGGUUGCAGUCAAAGAAUAACUUACGAAACCAUAAGCAGUCUAACUUAUCAGGUGUUCGGAAGGUUAUCCUCAGCGCUACGAUGACGAGAGAUCUUGAUCGCCUGGAAGGUUUGAAGCUUCGUUGGCCUAAGCUGAUCGUACUUGAGGGUUCAGGUAUCACCGAAGAGGCAGAAGCGACUAUAAGCCAAGCCGAUCUUGCACUUCCCGAAGCGCUCGAAGAAGCUGCCCUCAAAGUCAGCGACCCUAACCUCAAGCCACUCUUCCUUUUGGAUCUGCUUCAAAGCGAUUACAUACUAGGACAUGUCAAUCAUGAUCGACCCAGAGAUGAUAUUUCGGACGAUGAAACUUCUUCAUCAGGGUCAGAUUCAGACUCAGAUUCAGAUGCAGAUGCAGAUGCAGAUGCAGAUAAAUCAUUUAAGACACCGAAUGUCGUUGGCGCCAAUAAAAAUACGCCUAGUGUUUUGAUUUUUACCAAAUCGAACGAAACAGCUCUACGUCUCUCACGUCUUCUUUCACUUCUUUCUCCGACCUUAGGCGCUCUUGUCGGUACACUUACUUCAACAACGCAAUACGUAGCUCGCAGACGAACCAUUAGGUCAUUUUUGGCUGGAAAGUUGCGCAUUCUCGUUGCAUCUGACCUUGUUGCCCGUGGUAUAGAUCUUCCAACUUUAGAUCACGUCAUCAACUACGACAUGCCGUCUAGUAUAGCUUCAUAUAUUCACCGAGUUGGCCGUACUGCCAGAGCUGGCAAGGCUGGCAAGGCUUGGACACUCUUUACCAAUCCGGAGGCAAGAUGGUUCUGGAAUGAAGUAGCCAGUGAGACGGUUAUCCAGAGAAGCAGGAAAGUGGAGCGCAUUAGGGUGACCGAGGAGAAGGAAGACGAGUUUGAGAGGAAGGUAGCUGCUUACGACUUAGCACUUAAAAAGCUAGGAGAAGAAGCAAGCGAGUGGAAGAGCCGAGCACGCCAUUCUUAAACACGCUCUCGAGACAUAAUAGCGUAGACUUGUCGACUCGUAUGAAUGCCUCUAAUAUUAAUGGACGAAAUAACGGCAUUAGAUACUACGUUACAAACUUCUGUCAGCUUAUAGUCUCGAAAAAUUCGAAAGCUAUUGGCGUAUUGAAAAAUUGAGACAAUCAUCAGAUCAGUCCUAAUGACAAAUAGAAAGAUCUCUCUCAAGUCGGGUAUUGUCCGGAAGAUAAGCAGCUGGCGUAAUGAUAGUUCACGAUCUUCCGACAAUCUGCUCAGCGUUGAAUCUUCAAAGUGCGUCAGACAGAACUUCAGCCAGAAUACGAUUUAUCCUUAACACCACUUACGUAAAGUCGUUGAUUCUUUUACUCGGCAGUCUGAAAUAGGAAAAACUCGAGACUCCGAAAGUCUAUUUCACAAUAGUUCUUAACUAACACGAGAUUGACUGCAUGAGAUGCAAUCGAAUAAUUAACCUGCCAUUCACCAUCAUCCAAUUGUAGCCUUUGAUUAUAAGACUAGAACAGU